AUGACUCGAUCGCUGUGGUCAGCCACACCUGCCCGCCAGAUAUCUCAACAACCGUGUCGUCGAUUCAUUUCAACCUCUCGGCCCGCUGCACACCUCUCCGCAUUCUCCGUCGGCCAAAUCACUCCUUGUCGGAAAAGAGUUGUCGCCUCUGCCCCCCUAACCAGACCCUCCAUCCCGCGAUUCUUGAUAUCCUGCUCUCGUCUCCACGCACCUGUUGCCUCAUUCUCAUCCUCGUCCGUUCGCCCGGCCACCAAAGUCACUCACAACCCGAGGGCCGGAGAAGAUGGGGAGACACUUAUGAUUAAUAUUUCGCCUCGUGCUAUAGAGCGCCUUCGCGAUAUUACCGAUCCAUCAACCUCUCCGUCUGCCACGAAAGAAGAAAACCCUUACCACCAUCUUCGUAUCACGGUCACCAGUGGUGGCUGCCAUGGCUUCCAGUACAUGAUGUCGCUUGAGUCAGCAUCUAAGAUCGAUGCUGAGGAGGACACCAUCUUUGAAGGAGAGGCAGAGAGCGCCACAACUGAUGUUGCCGGAGAAGCCAAGGUCGUUAUGGAUGAACCGUCGUUGGAGCUUUUGUCCGGCAGUACAGUCGAUUACACGACAGAGCUGAUUGGAAGCCAAUUUACGAUUGUGGAUAACCCGCGAGCAACUAGUAACUGUGGUUGUGGCACGAGCUUCGAUGUGAUGGAUUGA